GGUGAAAAGAGGCUGGUACAUUGAUACCCUCAAACCCGACAGAUGGUGCGCUACACCAGCGACACGAAGAAUGGAAGCUCAUCGCAAGAGGUCCCUGCUGGAAUCUGUAGAGGGGCGCACAAUUGUUGUAGUUGUUGUUAUUGCGUUGUAAGGUUGGUCUCCGGGAUUUGCCCGCUAAGCUAUGGUGCAACUACUGAAGACCGGACUCUACCGCUGCCAGGACCGCUAGAGCUCAAUGGCCCCACAAGACGCUGGCAUGGAACAAUGAGUAGCUGGAAGGUUUUAGGAGGUAAUGUUUGUCUUGUUCUGAACUGGUACCGUAUGGGAUUCGGUGUCGUGCAGAAGACGCAGGGUUCAACACUGCCAAAUUGUUUUUUGGCGCCCGUCAAAGGGCAUAUACGUGUACGUGGUUGUCGGACACACACCAUCAACCCUACAUGUCGGAAGUCCCAUUUCGCAAGACGAUUCGCUUUGGUUCUGUUUAAAUAUGGCGAGUCGGACUCUCGGAGGCCCAAGGAGUCAAGACAGGAAUGUCGCGUUUAUUACCCUGGAUAUGACUUUAAGUUCGAGGUAUCAGAAUAUUUGGUUCUCGUACGGGAGUCAGUCUGUGAUGUUCGAUUUACAGCCCGAAAGCUUCACAUAACACAGUCCUGUAUGUUCUUCCACGAGAGCUCCCUUGCAGGGAGGUGUUGAGAGGAAAAGGGAGAAUAGUCAGUGGACAUGGAGGCAUGAAUCAAGCAGUGCAGGAAAGCUCAGACCAAGAAUUUGAGACCUACGUACCCUAACAAUGAGGCUGGGGCACUUGACCUGCCUGCUGCCUGCCCGCAGAUGAACAUUUCAAGGUCUGUCUCGAGAUCUACCUUAGGUACCUUAAAAUGUACGUAAUUAGGC